AUGAUCGCGUCCACCAUCCUCGCGUGCCUGACCCUACUUGCCGUGCCAGUCUACGCUGGCAGUCGGCAGUGGGAGGCCAGUGUGCCCUUGGCGGCCGCCCGGAACUCGAGCAGCAGUAUCGAGAAGCGCGCCAUCUCCUUCAAGCCCUCGGCUGGCAAGAAGGGCCACCACACCUGGCCGGAUAAGGAGAUCAAGUUUUGUUUCGCGGAUGCCGAGGCCAGGGACAGGCUACGCGGCCCUAUGGAGCACGCCAUGCAGACUACCUGGGGCGCCCUGCGCGACCUGGGCUUCUCGUACGAAGAAGUGUCGCUGCCCGAGUGCGACAGAGACCGCAUCAACCACCUCAAGGUUCAUUACAACGAUCGCGGCAAGCUAACAACGACCAUCGCCAAGCCAGUUGUCGAUGCCGACUGGAACCGUGAGAACCCGGACAGACAGCUCGACGGCCCCGCAAUGCACCUGUCCACUCCUGAGAGCAUCGGCAUGCUCGAUCUCAACGCCAACGUGGCCCAUGAGCUCGGCCAUGCCUGGGGCCUCUACCACGAGCACCAGAACCCCAACUUCUGGGUCACUUCGGUCACUGACGCGUUUCCUGAAGACCCCGAGGAAGGUCCUUGGUUUAAUUUAAAUGGACAAUAUCCGAUUUUCACGCCGCAGCAGUUCAACUGCCGCGCCCUAUCCGACUACGGUGCCGCCCUCGAGCGCGCGAAGGAGCUUGAAGCCACAGGCAACGCAGCAUACGAGGGCAUCACGGCACCAUUCCCCCACAUCGCCGACACCCAGUUCGACCCGGACAGCAUCAUGUUGUACCCUAGCGGUGCUGGCGCAGUGAGACCCGGCAACUCGCCCGACGGCCGCCAAGACGUCCUCACGCUCGCCGAUGGCAAAAGGAUGAAGCCAAAUGUCGUCCCCAGUGCCAUGGACAUUGAGCGCUUGCGCGUUCUAUACUCUGUCAACAUCGCCGACAUCAAGGAGCUGCACAUCCGCGGCGCCAAGAAGAGCACCUUUGAGAAAAUCAAGAGUAAACUCUCUAGGCAUGGGAGUGCCAGAGAUCUGUCUUGCUUGUGA